AUGGCACCGCUUGUCCGCGUUUGUCUCACAAGCUUUUCGAACCUUGUGCGGUUGGGGGCCAUUUUGGUGAUAGAACUACAGGAUUAUAUACAGAGACCUGAAGGAUGGAGGAAUUGGGUUGAAAGAUCGCUGUUGGGCGCUGAUGGAAUGACAACGGUACCAUUUCAAUGGCAUCUAAAUAGGGACUCAUUGCAACCGCUUUCGCAAAUUUCCGACAUAAACUUGCCGGAGGACUGGGACAAAGUAGACGGAUCAAUGAAAUUUCUCUACUAUCUAAUUAUCGCUAUGGAUGCCAACUUCCACCUCAAGAACAGGAAUCAAUCUUCUACUACUAGCGCGGCCGAUCCUGGGCUGCACACGGGUCUGGCAUACUUCAUUCCUGACAAACCUUACACAGAGCACAUACUCAAGAAUGCAAGCCAAGCUGAUAUUAGCACUUGUUCAGGGUUUAAGACAUUGGCACACGCUGAAUCGAAGUACUCGAAUGGGCUGCGAGCGACUGGCGUUGGUUAUGUCUUUGCGCACGCCAUGAAUUUGUUCGACCUCAGGGAGUUGGAGACCUCCAAAAGGGCGAAAGAAUUCAGAUAUGCUAAUAUGGAUUUCAUCUUUUUCUCAUCCAUCAUACCUCUCCUCCUUCUCUCCGUCAUCAUAUCUUAUGACAUUGCUUGCCAAUGGAAGCUCAAUCUCAUGAAAAGAAUGGGCGAGCUUCCAGAACAUCUUCGGAUGCCAGCAGCUGUCGCUCUCACAUCAUUUUCUUUUGGAAUCCCUAAGUUUCACUGCCCUGCGCAUGAGGAAAAAUGUGCGAUCCCACAUUCCUUGAACCUCAUGCCAGGUGUAGGAUGGACUGAUGGUGAGGGAAUCGAGCGCAAUUGGGCAGAGAUGAAUCGUGUUGCAAACAGCACGAAGGAAAUGGGCGCCAGUUAUCAACACGAUGUCCUCGAUGACCAUUUCGGACAUCACAACUGGCGCAAAUAUACUGGACUAGGACUCUCACUACGAAGAAAACUUCUCAAUGCCGUCAAGGAAAGUGGUCGCCACCAGUCCUAUUUACUUGAUUUUAAUUCGACGAUUGAUGAUGCCCAUCAAGGAGAAUGGACUGCGAUGAUUGAGGCUUGGGAACACGACAAAUCAAGCCUUUCAGAAGCGCAAGUAUGUGUUAAUCUUGCAGACAAUGAAAAGAUUGCUAUCAGGAAUGGGCGUCAACUUCCUCACGAGAUGACUCCUAGUUCUUUCAUCAGUAUGGGCCUGGUUCUCGAAGAUGCGCAGCGACGAAUCAAAGUUGAUCUCACAUCAUCUCUUAGUGCAAAUGGGUAUGCCGAACUUCACCAACGCUGGGUCACACUAUGA